UCGCGCUCUGAGCAAGUAGUAGAAUUUCGCUCCGGUGAUUGGAACGAGUGAGCAGCUUCGAGUCAACGCACUUCAACCUUCGCGAGAAUUUAUUCCAGCGCUGCUUGCUCGCUGAGAAGCUCAACCAUGGAUUUGGCGAGCGUGCUGUGUUUGGUGCUGAGCGUCGGAGCUUGGUUCGCCUGCGCGGAGAGACACAGCGUCUACUGGAACAGCUCCAACCCGAACUUCCUCUGGGACGACUACACGGUGGAAGUCCGCAUUAACGACUACCUGGACAUCAUCUGCCCGCACUACGCCCACGGCGAGGUGCCACCGCACUCGGCCGAGCGCUACGUGCUCUACAUGGUGGAGAGGGAGGACUACGACGUGUGCAAGCCGCACUCCUUCGACCAGCUGCGCUGGGAGUGCUCGCGGCCCUUCGCCCCUCACGCCCCCGAGAAGUUCUCUGAGAAGUUCCAGCGCUUCACCCCCUUCACCCUGGGCAAGGAGUUCAGGCAGGGAGAGAGCUAUUAUUAUAUCUCCAAGCCGAUGCAUCACCACGGCCAGGACUGUCUGAGGCUCAAAGUGGCCGUGGCUGGACAGAAAGGCUCGGCAAAGACUCACACGGGCAAAUCCAAGGCAGAGACGGAGAAGAGCUUGGACGCGUCAAAAGUCAAGUCUGUCUCUUCCGGCAGCGUUCACAACCUCUCCAAUCGUCUCCCGGCAGACGACCCGACCGCGAUGGAGCCCAACGUCCAGAGGAGCAUCGGAAAUUCAGUAACGCGGCUCGUCUCCUGCUCGCUCGUCUUGACGCUCCUUCCGGUUUUGUUAGGGGCGAUGCUACACUGAACAAAAAAACAUUGCGAAACAGCCCAGUGCUGGUCACCGGGGUCACGGACACUUUUUUUUUUUUUUUUUUUUUAUAUAUAAUGAAUACAGACCUUUUAUACAAAGACAAGAGUGUGUGUGUGUGUGUGUGUGUGUGUGUGUUGUGAUGUGAAUGUGGAGUGUGGAUCACUCCAAAGAAGAGGACCUCCAUUUUGUUUUUUGAUGAAGCAGCAUUUUUUUGGGGGGAGCAAUUUAAGGUUGUUUUUUCCAUACCACUCAGUAGGUACACCUCCAGUUCCUGUGUCAGCCGCUGUCACUGUGUUAUUUAGGAUGUUUUAUUUUGUGACGUUAUUGUGUAGCACUCAUCUCCGCAAGCCUCAAAUCCGUGUACCACUGUUCACUACGACAACAUUCUCAUUCCGGUACUGCAUUAAACACAAGUGAAUUCUGCAAUUACGAUGUUUUACAUUUUUCAUUAGAUUUACUAGAACCUAAAUCAGCUAAACAAAAAAUGUAAAAAUGUUUAAUUUCAGUCCCUGCCAAAUGGUCAUGAGUCCUUGAGACCCAAGAAUGGGAGCAAAAUGGUCAAAUAAUGCAACCUUAUUAGUGCAUUGUUGUUUAGUCAGUCUUCUCAUGGUACAUGCUUACAGAUGUGACCCCCCCACUUGUCAAACCUCAGACUGAAGGGACUUCUUGAAAAACAUACACUGUAAAGUCAUUUUCUAUGUGUUUAAUAUGUAAAUGUGUACAUAGAUAAACUAUAAGAUAUUGUAUUAAGAUGUGAAAAAUUUGUGGAAUAAAAGAAAGUGUUGUAAUAUAAA